AGUGAAGACGCAACUAAACUGCAUAUCUCAAUUUACAUAUUUGUUCGCACGUUUACAUGCUAAUUGCUGUCACUUUCACAUUGUUUGUCAGUCGACCGCGUAAAGAUUUUAAAGAUCGAUAGUUUACAUUUAAUGAAUCUUUUAAUUACGUGUCACACGCGUAGAUAACGCAGUUUAGUGUUGUUAUUUGUGUAACAUGUCAGAUUUUAUAGAGAAUCAAGUUCAAUCACUACUUGCCGGACAGGCUUUAGAAAUCGACGACACACAUAAUGUACACGUUCUUGCAAAUGACACAACAGACGUGAAAUCAGGUCAACUGACAUCACACAUUCCUAUUUGCCUGAAGACGGUGACGUAUAUUGUCGCCGCUGUUGUUAUAAAUGAUCAGGGUGAAAUGCUGAUGAUGCAAGAGGCCAAAGCCUCUUGCAGUGGAAAAUGGUACUUACCAGCUGGCAGAGUAGAGAAAAAUGAAGACCUGCUCAGUGCAGUAAAGAGAGAAGUCUUGGAAGAGACCGGACUAGUGUUAGCACCGACAACUUUGAUACUAGCAGAAUGUGCUAAUGGUACAUGGUUUCGUUUUGUGUUUACUGGCAAUAUAGUUGGUGGUAAUUUAAAAACACCUGAUCAAGCAAACGAAGAAUCUCUACAAGCAUGCUGGGUACGAAACAUAAAUGACUUGCCAUUAAGAUCUAAUGAUAUCAUCUAUUUACUGGACAGAGGCAAAAGUUAUGUUUUGAAUAAAACUGUUCCCCAACAUCCUCAGUUGAUGCCUGUAAUUAAAUCUCAUGCAAAACUACUGCUAAGGUUAAUAGUCACAUCUAAAAAAAGAGCAACGAACAGAUUGCAUGUACUUCUUUCUGACACAGAAAGAUAUGAUCUACCAACCUGUGAAAUAAAUCCAAAUCGUAGUUUAUUGUCUACUCUGCAUAGCUUUAUGACAGAAAUAUUCGGGAACGACGUAGCGCAACAUAAGCCACAUGGCCUGUUGUCUGUAGAAUUUAGCAGUGGACAAGGAGGAGACGGUUUGUGCUUAACAUUAUUGGUAUCCUUCAAAUUGCCUUUGGAAGACGUGCCUAUAAUCGGAAAGUACAUUUGGCAUGAACUUUCUGAAAACGUAGCAGAAGCUCUUGAAGCCCGUCUGCCGCGGAACAUGACCGUGCCGUUAAAGGUCGUACGUUAAUCGUACGUGAAUGUUGUAUCAAGCAAUAACAUUUGUUCUACGAAAGUAACCAUUAUAGCAGAAGACUCAAAAAAUCUUUUACUAAAACAAUGUUUAUAAACUUAACAUCAUAGUUACCCUAGUCUAAACCAAUGACUUUACAACAGAUAUUAAUACAUAAAUAACAUUCCAUAUUUUUAUCUAUAUAAAAAGCAAAGUAAUAAUUAUUGUAUAGGCAGCUAAAAUAUUAGUUUUACAAUGAUGAUAACAUGGGAUCAAACUUCUCACCUUAAAAGUAUUAUAAUUCAUUCCGAAUGAGGAAGAAAUUGUGUGCAGUCAUUAAUGUUAUAUAAAUUGUUAAAUAUCAAAGUAUUCAUGAUUUAGAUUGAAUAUGUUUAGAAGAAUAUGACUAAGAUUUAGAUGUUACAUCUGAAUCUUAAAAAUUGGAUAGGUAUAUGUAAUAUAAAAUAUAUGUAAUUUGAAUUAAAUUGUACAUAAUUGUAACAAAAGAAAAUUACAAAGAUCAAGCUCACUAGUUUAUUUAAAAAUUUAUUAUUAAACAUUACUACAGAUAAAAAUGGUUCAGAAAUAUUAAAUAGGAUAGAAUUUUAUAUUCAAUCAAUAUAAGCAUACAAUAGUUACAUAGUUUUUAACUUUUAUCUCACUUGCAAACUAUGUCACUCAAUAUCUGCUAUAUGAACGAUAUAGAAAAAUCGACAGUAAAUAGCUUAGUGAGACGGAUUUUGUAACAAUUAGAAAUAAAUAUAAAAAAUAGUGAUAACAAAAGCUCUAACGAGCAAUUUUAUCGUCAUUAAUUUACUAGGUAUAAAAUUGCACAUAGGAUUUUGAAAUCCAAACGAAUAUUUAAUAUUUGUUUCUCAUUGUUUGUGUUUUAUGUGAUCAAGAUAUGAUGAUUAUAAUUGAAUUAUUUAAUUCCAGAGAAAUUUAAGUUUGAUAUUAAUUAUAUUUUUGUAUAAACAAGACUAAUGAGACGCGAUAAAUAUACAAUA